AUGUCUUUCUUUCUUUCUUUCUUUCUUUCUUUCUUUCUUCCAUUCUUUCUUUUCUUUUCUUAUCUUUUCAUUAUAAUAAUCAUUCUGUCCAAAAGUCUUUGUCUUCUGUAUCACUUGAAUGUCUUUCUUUCUUUCUUUCUUUCUUUCUUUCUUUCUUUCUUUCUUUCUUUCUUUCUUUUCAUUAUAAUAAUCAUUCUAUCCAAAAGUCCUUGUCUUCUGUAUCACUUGAAUACCUUUCUUUCUUUCUUUCUUUCUUUCUUUCUUUCUUUUCAUUAUAAUAAUCAUUCUGUCCAAAAGUCUUUGGUAAUUCAUGCUAACCUUCAUAUGUUAAAGUCUUCUGUAUCACUUGAAUAUCUUUCUUUCCGUUUUUCUUUCUUUCUUUCUUUUCAUUACGAUAAUCAUUGUAAACAAAUGUCUUUAGUAAUUCAUGAUAACUUUCAUAUUCCUACUAACGCCUAUAUGUCUUUUCUAUCACUUGAAUCUCUUCUUUCGUUCUUUCUUUCUUUCUUUCUUUCUUUCUUUCUUUUUUCUUUCUUUCUUUCUUUCUUUCUUUCUUUCUUUCUUUCUAAUAAACGAAAUGUCGAAAAUACCCCUUCGGACCUUCUCACAUAG